UUUGCAGACGAAAGAAUGAAGAUCUGGCUGAUAAUAUUCCUAGUACUAAUGGUCUCUCACAGAGUCCAAUCACAGAUUGAGAAAAGGCCUGUGGUGAACAUAACUUGCCUGGAGCUAGCCGCACCCUCAAAUCAACAGUUACGUCUGAGCUGCAGUGAUCCAAGUGAUUAUCACUGUCUCCUGGAUGAGAGUUAUACCCAGGAGUAUGAGGCCUGUAGGGAGUGGAAGUGGAUUCCCGAAGGAAAAUGUGCUUAUUUCAACACAUAUGGAAGAGGAAACAUUGAUGAAAGGAACUGCGUCCCAAAACCCAAUCUGACUUGUUCACAUGGUACUGUUCAGUUCUUAUCGGCAACAAAUACAAAAUACACAGCAUGUUAUGUAAAGAAAGAGAUAAGUACAUUACUGCCUGUUACAACAAGUCAAUUUUGGACUCAAUCAGAUGGAGGAAAUGCAACAUCAGUUUCAACUACCAGUGACAAACAAGAUGAAAGGACAGGGCAUGUUUUGCUAAUUAUCUUAUUGGGCAGCAUUGUUCCUACUGCAUCCAUUGCAGUGAUAUAUCUCAUCUUUAUGCAUUUGAAAUAUGUACCCUCAUACAGAAAAGCUUAUCCUAUAGAAAGCCAAGAAUCGAGUGACAAAGUGAGGAAUGAGGACAGUUUAGAACAGCAACCAUUUUUGAAAAAUGAGGUGGAAGAUAAUCCUAAAAGUCCACCAACAAUGAUGCAUGAAAAUGAAAAUAUAACUGAAGCAAGAAGGAAUGAUGAGAGCAUUGUAGAAAAGCAACCAGUUUUAGGGAUUAAGGUGGAAGGUACAAGUACUUCAGAAAGUCCACCAACAAUGAGGCAGGACGAUGGAAAUAUAGCUGAAGCAAGAAGGAGUGGUAAUUCUGAUGCUAGUAAUCCUGCAGACAUGAAUGAAUCAGAUUUUUCAGAGAAGUUUGAAGAUGCUCCCUCUUCUCCGACAAUCAUAAAACAAAAGAACGCUGAAGAAUCAAGAGAAAAACAUCAAAAAGGUGAUAGCGAUGGAUUACGAACUACUGAAGUGGACUCAAAUACAUGUAAAUCUGCAGAAGUUGACAUUUCAAAGGAUUUAAAAGAAGGAGUAUCAACAGCAGAUGUUCAAAGAAAAAAACUGGAUGAGGAAAAAUCAGCAGAAAAUGCAACAGGUUUAUAUAUUGUUUCAGAAAAAUCAGAUAAUGAAGGAGACACACAGGAGCUAACUGAUGUGUUUGAUGACACUGUGGAAAGUUUACAAAGGAUAGCACAUCCAACAGAUGAACAAGAUAGAGAACUGUGUACAGAGCUGUACAAUCUGCUGGAUACAGAGGGUCUGAAGCUGACGCAGGAAGUAAUGGCAGCUACAAUCACUAGAGAGACAGGAAAACCAGUGAAAAUACUAUUAAACAAUUUAACAGUUCAAGAAAAAAACAAACUAAAGGCAAUGUUGCCAGAAGAAUCCCAUCGUAUUCUUGAAUCAGAAACGGAGCAUGACAAUUCAAUCCAUGUAUCAUACGGUUUACAUCGGAUCAUUCUGAAUGAAGAGAAGUCUCCAAAAUCAGGCUGGGGCAAUCCAGUCAGGGAAACAGACACUGGUAUUGGAGAUGAUGUAGAUAGAUUGUAUAGGAUUCAGAACAUUGUUCAAGGAAUACCAAACCCAGUGACUGUGUCUGUAGAAAGUUACAUCAGACUGUUGGACAUUAUGAUAGAAGCACUCACUCGGCUGGAUCCUGAUGCUGAAUUUAAGGAGGAUUAUAAGCUACUAUGCUGCAAAUUGGAAAGUAUCAAAAACCCAAAUUUGACACAAACAAUGUUAAAAACAAUUAAAAAUAUUGUAAAAAAAAUAUGGUAAAUUUUUAAGAAGUAAAGGUCUUAAAAUAUUGAACAUUAAAAAAAAAAGAGUAUCAGAAUGAAUUUAUAUAAUGUACACUGUGCAUUGUAUGAUUGCUUACCCACUUCGCCUUGGAACCUCCAGCUGUGUUCAUGAUUGCUUCCAUUUUAUUCAAAUUAAAAUACAGCAGUAUGAGUCAAUUUACUUUGUUAUUUAAGUUGUUGAAACAAUGUAAGCUACCAUUAUCAAAUUAUUAUACUCUUAAACGUUUUGCUUCUGGUAUAAUGCCCUUAUGAAUUAAACAAAUUAAAUGUCAACACAGAAAAGCAUGAUUCAAAUUUUUAUGUAAGAAGAGUGUAUUAUGUAAAGACAUAUUGAAUUUUUUUUUUUAAAGAACUGCUUUUCAGAUACUUUUGGUCUUGUAUAUCUUACAUUUUACCUAUUUAGAAAAAAAUUAUAAGCAGAAAAGUAUCUGAACUUUUCAUUAGUUACAAAAGCUUAAAAAUACUAUGACCAAUACAAUAUAUCAUAAUUGAUAUACAGAAUUGAUACAGUUUGGUUGUAGAUAAUCGCCAAAUGUUUUUCAUGCUUGAUUAAGCCAUGCUAUAAUUCAUAAACAAGGGAAUUAAUAAAAUUCACUUUUAACUUUAGACACAAGUAAUAUCCGAUGUAUAAUCUUAACAACUAGUUGAAAAGCCUGAAAAGUAAUCGCUGCCAUGUUUUCUUAAUUUAAUACUCGGACUGAUAUAACCUAUGAUAGCUUAUGUUAUACAAAUUUUAAACAGAUUUUGCUAAACUUGCUCAAGUCUCUUAUGUUAUUUUAAUGUUUCUAUAUUUCUUGCAAAUUAUACCAUGUUUCAAAAAUUUUAAUUUCUGCUGUGUGUUCUCAAACGUACAUGUAUCUGUUUGGCAUCAUUUAGAAAUAAUGAAGAAAACACUAAUUAUGAAACUGAAAGACUUGAACAUGUCUAGGAUUUUUCAUAAUAGUCUCUUAGACAUAAUAUUUGUGUUUGCUCUAACCCUAGAUGCAAAUAAUAAGUAGCUGGCACUUGUUUGAUGUAACAUUAUAAAAUAACGAUGACGCAAUGAACAACAAUUGAUAUGCUGGCAUACUAAAUGUCGUCUAUUCAAUGAUGCUUAUAGAUAUGUCAGCAGAGCACUUGCAUUAAGGUAGCAUGUUAAUUCAAUUCAAUUUUAAUUCAAUUCAUUUUCUCAAACCUUUAUCAUACAAUGAUACAUGAGGUACAAUACCAUAUUUGCAUUAAAUUGUGAUGUCAAGGGUCUAAUAAAUUGUAUAUCAUAAUAUUAUAAUACAACAUAGUAAUACAUGUAUCAGUAAGCAUAAGUAAAAGAAAAAAUAGUAAUAAUUCAAAAAGUGGUAGAAAAAGUGGAUCACCAUGUAGGAUACAGAGUUUCAUUGGUGUGGUGUUCAAUACAUGGAGAGUAAUAGUAAUCAUAAAUGCUAAUAGAGUUCAGGCUGGACAGCAGACUUGCUCCUGGAUAUUCAAAAUAAAAGAGCUUAAUUUUUUCUAUGUUUUGACACUAAUCAAUUUAUAUUGCAGUACAUUGUUCUGUCCAGAUAUUAGAAAAACCACAAGAAUAUAAAAUAUGUCAUAUAAAAUCGGUCCAUAGAUUUACAAAGUCAUUAUUGUACAUAUAUUGAUUUGCUAAAUACAACUGUAUUUGUAAACAGUAAACACAAUAUAAAUAUCGUUAUUAACGAAGCAUUGAUUGUUGUUUUAGUAAAGUAUCAAGUAUUGUAUGUACUUUUGAAUUCUUGUAUCUAUUUAUUGUGGAUAAAUUAUUUAUUAUCAUUGUUGAUAUCAGAAUUGAUUAUCUGCUUUUUCAUUUGAUGUUGACCGAGUGAGGGGAGUUUGUCAUGAGCUGUAUUUUCAGCUCACCUAUAAAAAACCAAGUAAAGUUAUAUUAUUCAUUAUAACAGUCAAUUUUCAAUUCCUGCAUUUUUCCCCUACUAGUAUCUUGUAGAUGGUUAGCUAAUUUUUUGACACGAUGUUUUUAUCGCUAUCUUAAUCUCAAACAUGUAUUUGCCUUGUAUGAAAUAAACUUUCAUUGGAUGUAUUUGAUAGUGAUAAAUACCAAUCAUGUUUUAGACCUGACAGAUGCGUUAUUUUGGAUCAGGUCUACUUUUAAGAAGUUUUGGGCCUUUAAUGAUAAUGUGCAUUGAUGAUGCAUAUAAUCUUUAUUAUACCAGUCUUACUGUAAAUGCUAAUUGUAAAAUUUUCUGGAUGAAGGACUAAAUGAAAAGUACAUUUUUUUUUACUUUUUUUGUGAUUCAUUAAGUAUCCUUUGUUAGGUAUGAGUGAAUUUACAAAGUUGCUUGUGUUAGCUUUGAUGUAUUAGUACUAGUACUUCUCCUUGUAUUAGGACCGACUUUUAUGUAACUAAAUAAAAGGUGGAUUGGGUGUUGUAAGUAUGCUUCUUUAUCAUUGAUGUUCUUGUGUGUAAACCAUUUUGAUUCAUUUUUCAUACAUACAAUGUAUGCAACUUUAAUAGCUUAUUUAAUAGGCUAAAUAUAGGACUUUCAUUGCUUCUAAAACUUUUUUUGAGAAAUCCAUUUUUAAUUUUUACCCAUUUUAUUUUGUGCUUUAUAUUUAAUA